UUCAGGUAAGCUUAGUAUUUUUUUUCUAUCCUUCUCCCCAAAGCUCCAUCUCUCAAUUCAUUUCUCUCUCAGAAAACCCUAGUAGCUAUGGCAUCGAGUUCUACUGGUCGCGCCCCUACUUCCGGUUCAAAAUCGUUCGAUUUCGGCUCCGAUGAUAUCCUUUGUUCCCACGACGAUUACGGAAAUCAGGACGGAAAUAAUGGUAUCCACACCGAUCCUUCCAUUGCACCCAAUUCCUCCAUGAUUGAACAGGAGUUCAACAAAAGCAGGAUGGCGAGAUCAUCUGUAUUUUCUGCUGCAACUUAUGUUACACCUGAAGAAGCUUCAUUUAGUCAAGAUGUAAUCACCAGCGUUGAAAACAGCGUGAAGAAGUACACUGACAAUAUCAUGCGUUUUCUUGAGGGAAUUAGUUCGCGGCUGUCACAGUUGGAAUUAUACUGUUACAAUCUAGACAAAUCAGUUGGAGAAAUGCGCGCUGACUGGGUUCGUGAUCACGGAGAGGCAGAGUCAAAGCUCAGAUCUCUAGAAAAGCAUGUUCAAGAGGUGCACAGGUCUGUGCAGAUUUUAAGAGAUAAGCAGGAACUUGCUGAUACUCAGAAGGAGUUAGCCAAACUUCAGCUUGCACAAAAGGAUUCCUCUUCAGCUAACACUAAACAACAGCAUGAGGAGAGAACUUCUGCACCUGCUUCUGAACCUAAAAAUGCUGAGAACUCGUCAAAUUUUCAUGAUCAACAAUUGGCACUUGUACCUCAUCAAGUAGCUCCACAGCCCUCUCACCAUCCACGGCCAGUUGAGCAUCAGCAUCCUUCAGUUGCACCCCAGUCAUCCAUGCCUCCCCAGAGUAUGGCGUCAUAUUGCUUGCCUCCUCAACAAAUGACCAAUAUACCCCCAUCCCAACAAUCUCAGACUCAGUACCUGCCGGCACAACCUCAACUUCAAGAUCUCUCCAGGAUGGCACCACGGCCUUCCCAGCCUCAGGGAAAUAUGACACCGCAGGUUCAGUCAUAUCCGCAACAGUGGUCCCAGCAGCAGCCUGUUCAACCAUCCCAACAGUCUGCUUUGCCGCCACAGAUUAGAGCCUCCUCUCCACUGGUUUACUCUUCCUAUUCUUCUGGUCAGCCAAACCAAUCUCCUUCUGAAGUGGCUCCUGGAAGCAUGCAUAUGCAGGUAUCGUUCGCAGGAGCAUCCCAACCUGGUUCGGCAGGCUCUGAUGGAUUACCUUAUGGGUACGGUGCACCUGCCAGACCAAUUCAACAGCAGGCCCCUACACAACAACACAAGGCUGGGUACGCAGCACAAUCAGGGGAUGGUUACAUGCCUGGUGGCCCUCAUCCACAACUUCCUCCUGGGAAUGCAUACAUGGUUUUCGAUGGUGAAUCAGGAAGGGCGCAUCAUCUGCCUCCACAGCCUCAGUUCCAACAAAAUGUUUAUCCGACAAAUAGCUUCCCCCCUCAGAAUCCACCUCGUGUUCCUAGCAAUAACAUGUUAGGCACACCUCAGCCCAUGCGCGGCCAUCCUUACAACGAGCUGAUUGAGAAACUGGGCAACAUGGGAUACAGAAGCGACCAUGUUAUUGGUGUCAUUCAGAGGCUGGAAGAGAGUGGUCAGCCUAUCGAUUUUAAUUCUGUGCUCGACAGGUUAAAUGGACACUCUUCGGGUUCUCAGAGAGGAUGGUAAGCGUACUCAAACCGGCUUCACUGCUCAGUGUGAUUUUAUGUAAUGAAUGAAUAAAGGAUUUGUGAGAUGUACUGUCGCAUGAUUUCGUAUAUAUAGGGAUAAAGAGAUGCUCUUUUUUCAGUAAUCUCUUCCCCAAUGUUGUUACUGCUAAUUUGGGACAUGGUAUAGCCCCCUCACUAUGGUUGGUUUGUACGUAUACCUUGUCCACUUUUUAUUUCUAUAUCGACCUUUUAGCGUGGUAGAAAUUUGGAAUGGCAGAUCUUUGUA